GCUUAUCCCGUAAAACCCCAGCUCUGCCCCUGCCCUGGUUAACAGGAGCCAAGUGGAGCCCCAAGGAGAGCUUGGACCGUCCCUGCAGGAACAAGGGAGAGAUGCAGGCCUGCUGACCAGAGUGCUGACCUCUGCUGGCUGUUUCCACAAGACAGAAAAUGGCUGCAAAGCACCGUGGGCUCCGGGCCAAGGGUCCACUCCAGCACGUGAAAGCGGGAGCAGAAGAUCCAGCAGGUCCCAAACCAGGGAAGGAAUCGGAGAGGGAAGGGAAAGAUGCUGUGGUGAUGUCACCCCUCUCAGCAAGCCCCCUGUUGUCCCGGAUAGGGCGACGACAGUCCGGCUCUGAGCAACGGGAGAAGAUCUCACAGUAUUGGGAAAAUGAAAGUCAGGGCAUGCUGCCAGUACUCGGGGCCCCUCCUGAAGCUCUACCGGCAUCAGCCCAGGACUGGGGAAACCCAGAACUGCCCGAGUUCAUGCCAGAAGAUGACCUGGAGGCCUAUCUGGCCUCCUUCGAGCGAGUAGCAGACGCCUGCCACUGGCCCAGGAGAGAGUGGGGGGUGGCCCGACUCCUGCCGUCCCUCGGCGGAAAAGCCCAACAGGCCAUUAGCAGCCUGGAUGCCCGAGACGCCCGCGAUUACGGGAAGGUGAAGGCCACCAUCCUGCGAGGCUGCAGCAUCAGCACGGAGAUGCAGCGCCUCCACUUCCGGCAGUUCCGUUACCAGGAGGCCAAAGGGCCCCGGGAGGUUUGCAGCCGCCUGCAGGAGCUGUCCCAUGGGUGGCUGAAGCCGGAGAUCCGCACCAAGGAGCAGAUCAUGGAGCUGCUGAUCCUGGAGCAGUUCCUGACCAUCCUGCCGGAGGAAAUCCAGAGCUGGGUGUGGGUGCGGCACCCGGAGACCUGCGCCCAGGCCAUAUCCCUGGCAGAGGAUUUCCAGCUGGGGCAGCGAGAGGCUGGGAUAUGGGAGCAGCAGGUCACGGUGCGAGUGAAGGUUGAGGAAGUGACGUCAGAAGAAGUGGAGACCCCUGUAGCAUUGUGGGAAUCUCAGCACCCACAGCUGCAUCCCAGUCCCAAGUGUGUCUCCCCAGAGGAGUUUGGACAAAGCAAGUCCAGGUUGCCCUGUGCCGAUGAGGAGACCCAAGCACUACAGGACACAGGUGCCGGGAUCCUGAGCAUGGCUGAGAAGCUGCCUCAGCCUGAAAACCUGCAGCUCCCCACUGGGGGACGGGGACUGGGAGAGAGCGUUACCCCCAGUCAUGAGCAAGGAGACACCUGCACAAGGCAGAGGAGGAACCCAGCACAGGAGGCAGAUCCCACAGGGGAAUGUGGGAGUGGACACAAGAGACUAACACAGACCCCUUCCCCAGGGAGGCCUCAGACCAUAGGGGACUGUCAGCCACGUAGCAGCUUUCUCAGGACAGAGAAACCUCACAGAUGUAGGGACUGUGGGGAAAGGUUCUGGGGGAAGCAGGAGCUCACAGAGCACGGCAAAGUGCACAGGAGCGAGAGGCCCCAUCCUUGUGCUGAAUGCGGGAAGAGCUUCAACCGCCUGGCUCAUCUGAAGACCCACCAGAGGACCCACACGGGAGAGAAACCCUAUUUCUGUGCCGAAUGUGGGAAAAGCUUCGGCCACCUCUCCACCUUGACCACUCACCAGCGGCUGCACACGGGGGAGAGGCCCUACUCCUGCGCGGAGUGCAGGAAAACCUUCACUCACCCCUCGGACCUCAACAAACACCAGCGCUCCCACACCGGCGAGCGGCCCUACCCCUGCCCCCAGUGCGGGAAGCGCUUCAGCUGCGCGGAGUGCGGGAAAACCUUCACCAACCCCUCGGACCUCAACAAGCACCAGCGCUCCCACACCGGCGAGCGGCCCUACCCCUGCGCCGAGUGCGGGAAGCGCUUCAGCCAGCAGUCGAAUCUGACGAUGCACCAAAGAAGCCACACCGAGGACAGGCCAUAUCCCUGCACCGAGUGCGGGAAGAGCUUCAAGUACCUCGCCGACCUCACCGUGCACAGGCGCUCCCACACCGGGGAACGGCCCUUCCCCUGCCCCCAGUGCGGGAAGAGCUUCAGUAACAAAUCCUCUCUGGCCCGGCACCAGAGAAUCCACGCCAGAGCCGCAGCCAGAAACAAGUGAGACCGUGUCUGGACUCACUGAGUUAACCUCUGUAAGCAAGUGGAGAAGGACAUGAGCCAUUAUAACACAGCCUGAGGGAAAUCACGUAGGCCAUCGUCACGCUCUCUCCUCCUGCAGGAGAAUGAGGGGGGCUUAAAAUUGCUCCUCAGCGGCGUGCCAGUGCCUGGGACCCCCAAAAGAUGUUCUGUCCGUUCCCGGUUUCACUAAUAACUUGCUCUUACCACAGGUUGACAUGCUGUAGAAAGGAGGUCAGGUGAGAGGCGCAUCCUGCUUGCAUUGCUGCAGCUCCAGGGCAGGUGUGUUUGCAGCAGGCCAGCCACAAGAGGUGGCAGGAUUUUGUUUUCCUGUGGCUUAGAAAGGCCCCAACUUCUGAGACCCACCAACUCCACAGAAGAAACAGGCCUGCCUCCCAACAGCAUUCAAACACCCCCUGCCCACAGCACCUCUCCAGCUCGCUGCCUGGCUCCUGCAGUGCCUGAUUUGUAGUUCAGUAGGAGGCACCGGGGCUGGCCCUCUGUGAUAGGCAGCUUAGCCCCUCUGCCCCCAUCCCUGACCCUGCUCUACCUCAUAGGUCUUAGCUGCAUCCCAGUAAAUAUGCCCAAUGUCUGCCAUGCUGCAUUAUUAAAGCCCCUUCAUCUGUCUGCCUCUUCCCGCUCACUUGUCUCAACCAACACCAUAGAUGAUGCAUUUAUCACUUACUACCUAAUUAAGUGGGCACUUUCCUGGAAUAACCAGCUAUUUACUCAUCUCCCUCCUGUGUCUUCUGUUCCUGCCCUAAUCACCACUCCGAUCUUGCUUCUCUUGACUCCCUGGGAUUGUUUCAGAAGCUGCCUUGGACUACAGCUGCCAAUUCAGUUGUACUUAAGGGUUUGGAUCAGGCUACACCCUGAUCCUGCAAAGCAGGUAUGUCCAAAGUCCGGCCCGCGGGCCAAUUGCGGUCCGUGUUCCGAUUUAAUACGGCCCCCGCUUCCUCCCCCUCUCCUGGCUCCCCGGCGUUCUUUUGAACUGGCGCGCCCAGCGCGCCGCUUCCGGCCGCGCCGCCGCCGCCCAUGGCCUCCACGGUCCUAGAGCCUGCCCUGUAGGGCACAUCCGCAGCCCCGCUUCCCCUCUCGGCUGCAGGUUCGCCCUGCCCCCGGGCCGCCGUGAGGCCGGCGUGCCCUGCGCUCUCCGCCCGCCUCCGACCCUGCGGGCCCUCCGCCUUGGGGCUGAGAGUGCGGGGACGGCCCUCACGCAUGUUCACUUCUUCAAAUCUGGCCCUCUUUGAAAAAAGUUUGGACACCCCUGCUGCAAAGGAACUCCCUGUGAGCAGGUGCCUUUGAGGAGUGGGGUUUCUGCUUUUAAUGCACUGACAUACCUCAUUUGCUGCUAUUACGAUUGCUUUAUAGUUCUCUGGGGCUACGGCUACCCUGCCUUUUUUUGUGAAAGAAGAUAUGCAAAUCAUGCUUGUAUUUGCAUAUCUUUUUCCGAUUCUUUUUGCAGAAGAAGCUUUGAAAUGUUGGGGAAAAUCCCUCUUUUGCAAGCUCUGUGAGGGGAAUAAACUAGAGUAGGGAGCUGAUAUUUCUUCUGUGUGUCAUGGUAGAGACCACUGAUUCCAGAGCAUGUCCAGCAGUAGGGUCCACACUUUAGAAACAUUCACAGAAGAGCUGCAAUGAUGGCCCAAGGCCCAGGAAAACAUGUCCUGCAUACCCACUCUGUUCAUCUUAAAGCAGAAAUGGGCAGCCUAGGCUAGCAGGUGGGCUACAUGAGUGGCCUCCUUCAUUUCAGGGGGCCGCAAGAUUGUUGUAACCAAGACAGUUUCCUGAGAUAGAGCAGUUUUACUAACUGCACUUGCUCUGAAGGCAGAGGGAGUGCAGGGCUUUUAUAGUCCGUGUUAUGUGCAACCAGCACACCCCUCACUUCACCUGACCUGGCUUUAUAUGCGUGUCACUUUGGUAAUAGUGGUACAAAGAAACCAGCAGAAUCUGGCAACUCUGCAUGUGGGCUAUGGUAAACAAAAUGUUUUGCAGGCCAUAUACAGAACCCUGAUGGGCCACGUGUGGCCCAUAGAUCACAGGUUGCCCACCACUGGCUUAAAAGGAAGAUUAAGAGGCAACUUGAUCAAACUAUUUGAUCCUAGAGAGCUCCUUAAUCUUAAAACUGAACACACAACAUAAUCCAGUAGACAGACACUGAACUCAGCAAAGUUCAAACUGGCAGCAGGGUGAAAAUUGUAACCGAGAGGGUUCUAAGCAUUGCAUAAGGGUACUAAUGGGAUGUGGUAAAUUCCCAAUCAUUUAGAGUUUCCUUCUGAGGCCUAUUCUACAUUGCCAUGGGCUGGCGGUGUAAGCUAUGCAACUUUAGUGAAUGACAUAGCUGAAGUUAGUGUACUUAGAGCUACUUACCACUAACGCUGUCCUGUUAACUCCACCUAAGGUUCUCGAUCUGGAAUACCAGAGUUGACGAGCGCUCUGGCUCUUAGGCCCUUGGGAUCUCACUCAGAUUCUUAAUGCCAAGAGCCUGCUGCAAACCAUUUCAUAAAUAUGUUAAUGAGCUUCGGGACAACAAAGGGUUACAAUAAACAGAAUGUUGGAAAGACUCAA